AUGUUGAACACGACUGGAAUUCAGAACGGCUUACUCUCCAAGAAUGACGUCACGACAGAGGAGUUUCACGAGGCGGAUGACUGGGGCUCUGUGUACUCAUACAACCUCUUGUCCAUGAUUUGCGUGUGUGUCGUUCUCGGCGCCAUCGUACUGGGAACGAUUCUUGGGAACAUCUUCGUCAUUUCAGCAAUUCUGUUACAGAAGAGUCUUAGAGCCACGACGUGGAAUUAUUUGAUUCUGUCGUUGGCCGUUACCGACUUAAUGGUGGCCGUUUUCGUGCUGCCAAUAAGUAUAGAGAACCAGGUCACCAUCCGAUGGCGACUCCAGACUUGGGUUUGUGACAUGUGGACGUCCAUGGACGUCAUGUGUUGUACGGCGUCUAUAUUACACCUACUGGCAAUAACCCUCAACCGAUAUCUGUCUGUGACUUACGUGGGCUACACAAGGCGCCUGUCCACCCAUAAAGUUGUGCUGAUGAUUGCGAUAGUCUGGUGUGUUUCAUUUUGCAUCUCGAUCCCACGUUUACUGGGGUGGCGGGACAGCAAGCAAAGCCCCGAGUUCACGGGCUACUGUGUGGUGAGUCAAGAUCUCGGAUAUGUCUUAUUCGCCACACUCGGAGCGUUCUGUAUUCCUCUUAUUUUCAUAAUUAUCCUGAAUUUAAAAAUUUACCAAGUUGCGAAGGAACGGGUUAAAAAUGAUGGAACUAACGGAUCUAGGAUGCCUCAGCCGAGUCAGUCUGACACAGCCUGCAGUGACCAAACAGUGAACGCCACGUCAACGAGUGGAAUCUAA